UUACAAGAGCAAGGAAUUCAUUGAGUUCUCUAGUCCUCAGAAAUCUCUAAUGAAGGGUUUUGCAGUUUUAUGUUUCAUUGGCUUGGUAUUGGUGAUCCUAGCCGUCCCGGCCGUAGGAGAUGGUCUACGGUAUGAUUACUAUUGUGAGACAUGUCCUAAAGCAGAGGUGAUUAUUUCCAAGAUGAUGGACAAUUUCGUUCAAUGUGACACAGGCGUGCCGGCCAGAAUAAUAAGGAUGCAUUUCCAUGAUUGUUUUGUAAGGGGGUGUGAUGCAUCAAUACUCUUAAAUUCAACUGCACACAAUCAAGCAGAGAGAGAUGCACCGGCGAACAAUCCAAGCCUCAAAGGUUUUGAUCUGAUCGAUCAAAUUAAAGAAGCCUUGGAAUAUCACUGCUCUGGGGUCGUGUCGUGUGCGGACAUAAUCGCAUAUGCAGCUAGAGAUAGUGUUGAAAAGUCUGGUAAAUUUGGACGUUACGCGGUCCGUGGAGGACGGAAAGACGGUAGGAUCUCUCGAGCCUCGGAAGUUAUCACCAACCUCCCGACCCCUAACUUCGAUGCUAAUGCUCUCAUACAACGAUUUGCAAGCAAGGGCUUGUCACUUGACGAUAUGGUCACCCUCUCAGGAGCGCAUUCCAUUGGAGUCUCUCAUUGUUCGUCGCUCCUUGGGAGGCAUAGGAACUUCAACAAAACUGGCUUACCCGACCCAACUCUCAACUUCCAUCUGGCACAAAAGUUGAGAUCAAAGUGCCCCAGUGGGAGUAAGGUGGACCCCACCAUUGUCAUGGACACAUCUACGCCAACCAUCAUGGACAACAAAUAUUAUGAGGGUGUGUUGGAAAACAAAGGGUUGUUCACUUCUGACCAUACAUUACUCACUAAUAAAUUAACAAAGAAACAAGUGGUAGACAGUGCAGCUCAACCAUCAGCUUGGGAGAAGAAGUUUGUUAAGGCAAUGAUCAAGAUGGGAGAGAUAGAAGUACUAACAGGGCAGAAAGGAGAAAUAAGAAGGAAAUGUAGUUUUGUAAAUGAAAAGAAGGGAUGAGAUUUUCAAAAAGGAAGGUAAAUGGUCCAAUAGAAGUGCUCUACAUUUAUUAAUAUCUAUGUUGAUGUUUUAACAAAAAGUGGGGGCCAGGUCAUUUUUUUCUCAUGUAAACAUAGAGUGCAUUGGAAAUUGAAAUAAAUGGAAUGAUGAUUGGUGGUACUUACUGCAUUUCUAACCAUGGAUUCUAUGAUUAACAAUUAAAAUGAUUUCAUGGUGAUGGGCCAGAUUAAGGUCUCAUCCUGGUUGGCCUAAUUAUCAAAAGGAUAUUAAAUGUGGGCUCAGGCCUGGCUCAUUGGUUAAUCAGGUUCUAAAUUCAGGUUGUGACUGGCAACAGUCAUAAAUGGGCCUGGACUCAAGAUCAGGCUGUGCGUUGAUGGAAGAGGUCAUCAAAGCGAGCUGGUUCUGAUCCAUACAAAAAUGAAAUUCAAGGCCCAGCACAAACUUCCGGGCCGUAAUGGUUCAGGCCUGUAAGAGUGAAAACCAUUUACUUCCUAAAACUUUCUGUUUCCCUGAAUCUUAAAAAGGAUCGCAAAAAAAAAGAAGAAGAAGAAGAAA